UAGUGGGUGUUUCCUUCAGCAAGUCUACAUUUUGUUGUUGUUAUUGUUUACCUUUUUCAUCUUAUAGAAAGACGGCCGCGUGGGUGAGAAGCGUGAACGACUCUGCGUGCGUUGCGCAUCCCCAUGCGUCAUGCGUCACGCGCAACGUAAGCACUGGUGUCGUGGAGUGCUUAUGCAAUAUUAGUACAUGUGCAUUGACAUUAAACGAACUUACAAGUCGUUGUACUGGGAUCAGGCAGUUCGUAUUGAACAGGAAUUUCAUAUCCGCGAGUUCGGCUACUCGAAGCCUAACGUUCAAAGUCGAAUUCAUGAAAAGUUACAAGUUCUCUCUAUUACCCUAUCACAGAGAAUCAGUGGCAUUGAGAUUUACAGGCCCUACCGAUAUAUCAGCAAUCACACAAUGUGUUGAACUUGUGCGUCGAGACUUACCAGGAUUAUCGCAGAUACAAGGGGAAGAACUUUGUUGCGGCGCUGGAAUCGCGCAGCGCGUUCCCCGUGACGUCACAGCGGGUCGAUUCACACCAACAAUACUGCAUGGUGACGUCAUAAACCUGAGUGUCGAAAUAUCAUGGAGACCGCCUGUGACGCAGCAAAAUUUAUUGGGGAUCGAGAUAUUUGUGUUUCCAGCUAAUUCGAUGUUGCAGCAACCAAACAAAACGGAUAUCGCUGAAUUCAACGUCGUAAGAAACGGUUCUUCAUGCGACGAUAACAGCACAUUAACGUAUACGGUGAACGUUACCGGCCUUAUACUUGAGGAAACAUAUACGGUUAGAGUUGAACCGCGGUACAGCAGCUCUGUGUGUACAAACCCACAGUGUAUUGCAACUAUAAGCUUCACACCAGAAGUCGACGUGUGUUCACCGGAGUGGAACAUUUGUGACGUAAAUGCUACGUGUUUAUCAAGUUCAACCAAUCAGAGUGCGACUUGCAAUUGUACUUUAGGGUUUGAGGGGAAUGGGCUUAAUAACGGAUCAGGUCAGUUGGGAACUGGUUGUUCAGACAUCAACUACUGUUCACCAGAUAAGUCACCAUGCGUGGAAGAAGCAACUUGUGUAGAUCUACCAGCCCCUAUGUUGGGUGCGACAUGUGUAUGCCCUUUUACUGGAGAUGGCUUAUUAAAUGGAUCCGGUUGUACCCCAAUCUCAACCUUAAUUCUCGGAGUAACAAUCCCUGCUGUUACGCUACUCCUUCUCCUUGUGAUCCUCAUCGCUUGGAGGAUCAGAGUCCGCAACAUCCGGAAGAGAGAGCUCACCUGGAGCGAGUUUGUGGCGAAUAAGAGCAGGAUGAUGGAUUUUAUCGCUGCGAAAAAAAUCCAAGAGCUUGGAGAAAAUCAGCCAGUAUUUGGAGAAAAAUGGGAAUUAUCAGAAAAUGAUAUUGUGUUUGGGGAAGUACUGGGCAGAGGAAAUUAUGGUGUCGUUCAUAAGGGUUGCUAUAAUGGACAAGAUAGCAUUGAUAAUGGAGAAGGGAAAGCCACAGAAGGGGUGCCAGUUGCUAUCAAGACAAUGAAAGAUGGAGUAUAUUCAAAGAACAAACUGGUUGAAUUUCUGAGUGAGAUCCACUUCAUGUUAAACAUAGGCAGCCACCCUAAUGUAUUGAGUGUUAUUGGGUGCUGCACUGUUAAGCAACCUAUCAUGCUGGUGACUGAGUUACUCAAGUAUGGGGAUCUAUUGGCAUUUCUACACGAAGCUAGAGAGCCAAACAAAAGGAAUAUCGACCCCGUUUAUCACAUCACUGAAAAAAGUCUAUGGAACAUAGCACACCAAGUAGCAUUGGGGUUGGAGUAUUUAACAAAGACAAGGAUAAUACAUGGAGAUGUGGCAGCUAGAAAUAUACUUGUGGGGGAAAACUUGGUUUGCAAAAUCGCCGACUUUGGUCUCGCUAAUGAUGUUUACAGAUACGGGGUAAUAAAAGGCAGAGCAGAGAAAUGCGUUCCAUUAAAAUGGGUGAGUCCUGAAAGGAUGCAAUCAGGUGAAGUUCCUAUAACAAGCAGGAGUGAUGUUUGGUCAUUUGGAAUCCUGUUGUAUGAGAUGACAACUUUGGGUGGUUCCCCUUACCCAGGAAUAGAUCAAGAUACUUUGCUCAUGAAAAUUAAAGCAGGAUAUAGGAUGGAAAAACCUGCAUCAUGUAGUACUGAGAUGUAUGCUUUGAUGAAAAAAUGCUGGAAACUUGACCCUUGGAAGAGACCUACCUUUACUCAAGUUGUCAAGGAGCUCAAUGCUGCCAUCUUAAGGAUGAAAGUUGUAGAUAAUAAUGACAUAGUGGUGGAGCUAGAUAACAGCAUAUAUGAGAAUAUUGAUUUCGAAAAUGGCGAAACUUUUGACAUUGAAAAAACUGUUUGACUGCUAAAACUACCGAAAAUACAUUUUGUGCAAGCCAUGAAAGUUCCAGUUUAAAGAGUAGGAUGCUAUACUAUAUGCUGAUCAUUUACUAUUGCUUUAGCAUUGUUUCACACAGACUAUGUGUUACAUUUAACCAUUUUCUCCAAUAUAUUUUUAUAUAGUUAUAUAUUCUUAAAUUUCAUUGAUUUUUGUACAAUUUUUUUAAAUUGCGCUUUUUUGCACCUUGUAAAAUACAGUAUUCAUGGUUUCUUGUA